UUGUCACAUGAUUUGCAACAGUGCAAAAGGGACCUGCAACAUCUGUAUCCUUUAUGUAGGUUUAUUACAAUUUAAGGAGAACAAGUAGCCUGUCCGAAUAUUGUUGAUUCUCAUUUUUCUUUCUUUCUUUUCCCCUUGACCAUAAAAGCCUAUCUAAUAUCUUAAACUUAUGACUCUAAUUCUUCUGCUGAAUGAUAUGCCAAAACAAAAACCAGUUAUCAAGUGAUGCUCUCUCUCUCUCUCUCUCUCUCCCCCUCCAAACAUAUCAGAGAACAGCAUGAUCCAAGGCUGAAUCAAGCUCAAUCUGUCCAUGAGUUGUUCUUUGAAGUUUAACAGUAAGGCCAAGGAGCUUUUCCAUAGGUGACCGAGUGAAGAUAUGUUUGGAAUUAUGAUCAAUAGGCUUGGAAAAGAAAGAAAACAGGCACAUCAUCGUGAAUAAGCUCAUAGAGGCACAUCAUCAUCAUCGUGAAUGGUUGGUAUACUUAAGGGGAAAGACAUGAAAUGGCAUUUAUGAUUUGUUCACGAUAAAGAAUUGAAGUUGGAGGUGAUUCUUGGAAGCGACAAAUAAAUAUGUCAGAUGAAUAUGAAAGGAGUGAGGAACAGGCUGAUGACACCUCAAUGGGAUCAUCCCAGAAAUGCUCAUCCUUUGAUUUGAAUGAAGAAGCAAGUGAAGACAACAAUGAGAACGAUGAGGGAUACGAGAAAGCAAAGGACGACGAAGGAACUUCAGCAAAUAAAAGUAGCAGCAUAACAAAAGAAGGAAAUAAUGAACGAAGAGGUGGCGUGAGACAAUACGUUAGAUCAAAGAUGCCUCGCCUUCGGUGGACUCCUGAACUUCAUCUAUCCUUUGUGCAUGCUGUUGAAAGGCUUGGAGGUCAAGAGAGAGCAACACCCAAAUUGGUACUUCAGCUAAUGAAUGUGAGAGGACUCAGCAUUGCUCAUGUCAAGAGUCACUUACAGAUGUAUCGAAGCAAGAAACUUGACGAGGCUGGGCAAGUAUUAAGUCAAACAUUCAAAUCAGCCCAUGAACUUGGUCGUAUUUCACAUGUAGCCCAUCAAUCCAUUAACCCUCGUCAACAUUUUAAAAUGGGAAAUGGUGGAAUUAUUCUAGCAAGUGAUUACAACGAGCACAGUUAUUUCCAUGGUCUCCUACGUCCCUCCUCCCUAUCACAAUCGCAUUCAAAAGUCAUCGAUUCAAGGCACCAACAAUGGUACUUCAAUAAUCAUCAACCUUUUAGAAUAAGACCAAGUUAUUUUAGCAACGAAGUUGUGUCCUCAACAGCCUUACAAAUGCAAGGAAGAUCAAUAUCUUCAAACCAAAAUCAAACAAUGGAUACUACCAAAAUUGCACCCAUGCGACCAAGCCAAUUUAUUGAAGAGAAAAGGUGGCCUCCAAUAGAAAUUAUGAACAGUCAUCACUGGAAAAAAAGGUUACCUGCCAAUAUUACUUCUAAUACUGGGUCACAAUCUGUUGUACAUCAAUUUGGCACCACUCCAGCAUCUCUUAGAUCAAGUGAGUUGAACUUCGGAAACAACACAAGAAUCAGGGAACAUCUAUCGAACUCCGACGAGCAUCGCAACUAUUCCAACAGUUUAAAGCUAGAAUUUGAUCCACCAUUUCGGAUUAAGUUGAAUAAAGAAAAAAUGCAGAAAGAGAAGCAAUGGGUGCCUGAUUUGCGACUGAGUUUAAGUCAGAGAGAUGGCAACAAUGAUGGCAAGACUGAUCAUUGCAGAGAAACCCAAGAAAUCAACACUAAACUUUCACUUUCAUAGAAUUUAUAGCCAUGUCAAUGUAUAAUGCAAAUACCACAUACUAGCCAUUCAUAUAGUCUGAGUGAAGAUAUAUCGAUACUGAAACAAAGUUACACAAUUAUAUCUGGGCUUGCCAGUACAUAGGGUUUCUCCCCCACAACAAAACAAUACUAAUAAUAAUAUCAGAAUUGAGUGUAAAAUGAAUGUGGUGGUCGGGAUUACGAGUGAAUUUCCAAGAGAGAUUUUUUCUUGUGCAAGUAUUUGGUUUGAUCAGGCACAAAAUAAAAUAAAAGAGUGAAGGAAAAUAACACAUAUUGCAAAGUGUUCUGGCGUUAACCUUAUGUGCAAGUACAUGCAAUGGAUACGUUUAGUUCAACAACACUGAGAAUAUGGCGAUCAGGCUUUACUACAAGAGCUCCUGUACUUCUGCACCUACAGAGAAGAAUAUUUAAGUUGGAAAUUGCAUGGAUUUGGUAGCUGUAUGUUAGAAAUUGAGUUGCACACAAGCUGAGUUUAUGAUGAGCGUGGAUUUUUUUCUUACUAGUAGUGCAUUGUGUUUUUGGUUUGUUGAAUAUCAAUUAAUGUGUUGUUGAAAUUAACUAAGUUUUUGGGAAGAAUAUUGGAAGCUAUACAAAGAAAAAGUAAUUGAAUUAAUUG